AUGCAGCAACCAAAAGGCAUCAACAUCCUCAUCACCGGCACCCCCGGGACGGGGAAGACUUCGAUGGCGGAGAUGAUCGCCGCGGAGCUGGACGGCUUCCAGCACGUGGAGGUGGGCAAGCUUGUGAAAGAGAACCACUUCUACACCGAGUACGACAAGGAGCUGGACACGCACAUUAUCGAGGAGAAGGACGAGGAUCGACUUCUCGACUUUAUGGAGCCCAUCAUGGUGAGUCAGGGCAACCACGUCGUCGAUUAUCACUCCAGCGAGCUGUUCCCCGAGCGCUGGUUCCACAUGGUGGUCGUGCUCCACACGUCCACCGAGGUUCUGUUUGAGCGCCUGACCAAGCGGCAGUACAGCGAGGCGAAGCGAGCGGAGAACAUGGAGGCUGAGAUUCAGUGUAUCUGCGAGGAGGAGGCGCGCGACGCCUACGAGGACGACAUUGUGCUGGUUCGCGACAACGACACGUUGGAGCAGAUGGCCGCCACGGUAGAGGAGAUUCGAGAGCGGGUGGAGGUGCUAAAAGUCGAGCGCGGCCUCUGA